AUGAACACAACUGAGGCCACCAGCACAGACGAUUACUGUGGCCAUGACAACUAUGGCAGCCCCUGUAGCACUGGCACCAGUCUAACCCAAGGGUCCAACUACCAGCCCAUUCUCUUCUACCUGGUGUUCACCCUGGGUCUGACAGGCAACAGUCUGGUGCUCUGGGUCCUCCUCAAGUACAUGAAACUGAAGACCAUGACAGACAUCUGUCUGCUGAACCUAGCACUAUCUGACCUGCUCCUCGCUCUCUCUCUGCCUCUCUGGGCCUACCAAGCCCAGGGCCAUGAGUUUGAAGGGGACAGUCCGUGUAAGAUCAUGGCUGGUGUCUACCAGGUGGGCUUCUACAGCAGCAUCCUGUUUGUGACCCUGAUGAGUGUGGAUCGCUACCUGGCGAUCGUUCACGCCGUGGCCGCCAUGAGGGCCAGGACGCUGCGCUACGGAGCGCUGGCGAGCAUCAUCGUCUGGGUAGCGUCCAUCAGCGCUGCUCUCCCUGAGGCCAUCUUCGUAGCGGUGGUGAGGGAGAAUGACGAGAACAGUGGUACAAGUUGCCAGCGGAUUUACCCAGAGGACACAGAGAAGACAUGGAAGUUGUUCAGGAAUUUUGGUGAAAACGGAGUGGGGCUCGUCCUAUGUCUGCCCAUAGUGGUCUUUUGUUACAUCAGUAUUCUCACUGUACUACAGAGGUUAAGGAACUCCAAAAAAGACAGGGCCAUGAAACUGAUAUUCGCCAUCGUGGGUGUGUUUGUAGUCUCCUGGGUCCCUUACAACGUUGUGGUUUUCCUCCAGACCCUUCAGAUGUUUGACAUUGGGAAUAGCUGUGAGGCUUCAACGCAGCUUGAUACAGCUAUGGAGGUGACAGAAACCAUAGCGCUGGCUCACUGCUGUGUCAACCCAGUCAUUUAUGCUUUUGUAGGAGAGAAAUUCAGAAAGUGUUUGGGCACUGUGCUCUCUAGAUAUCCGCUGUGUAAAAAGCUCAGCAAACAUGCAAUGAUGAGCAGCAGAGGAUCAGAAAACGAGACUUCUAACACACCUGUGUGA